UUUUUGCGCAGGUGAUGAGUUCACGGUGCCGACCUGCUUGUGUGCUGAUCUCGAGAUCAGUGUUAAUUGUAGACCUGCAUAUGUAGGCAUAGGCCCCAUCAUUCAUUAUUUGCCUUGCAACAUAUUUUGCAUCGAUUAAACUUAUUCUGGAGUCAUAGCUUGUACAUGGAUUUGUAAGGUACUUAAGUUGUAGUUCAGUGUCUGCUUUACCGAUAUCAGACAAUCUCAGCUACACCUAGGCCCUACAUACUGACACAGGUAUUCCAAUCUCGACGUCACGUCAUGGACUGUAUAUACUGGACUGGACUGGACAUGCUGGACGUGUGCAUAAGGCGUGAAGUUGAAUGAGGUAGUUCUGCUGCUGGCUGGCCAGGAUUAAUUUUGUUGAUUUUUUGAUCCUCUGGAUUCGUUCGAGAUCAUUCCAAAUUACAGGUGCUAUUGCAGUAAAUCAACCGGCACUCUGGUGACUUGAGCAUUUGCUGAACUGGAUACGGCUUUGCAAAUUUGAUCAGGGGACCCACAAACUUCAGUCAAAGCUGUACUCUUCAAGAUGUUGAAAAUGACUGCACACACUGAACGUUAAAGUCCUCUGCUUCAUUGCCGACGGAAUUCUUCGAUCAUUUGGGUUUACAGACCUGGGAUAUCUUGUUCCCCAAGGUCUGACAACAUGAUGCACUUGUAGGUAUGGCCAGACAGCGAAGCGGAGGCAAUUUCCCCACCCAGGGGAUUCCUACUCCUGUGGGGGUGGGGAAGGAGGCUGCAGACAUUGUUAGGGAGCACUCGCUCUUUGAACUGGCCCUGUUGACCAGGCUGAGGACACCAGACACUAAAGUUGGGGCACGUGGGCGGAGCUAUGUGAGUCAGAAUAGGGUGUUCUACCGGUUGUGUUCCCACGUGCAGCGUGGCUGCACCAGCGUGACACUUCUCAUGUGCAGUAAUGGCUACCUGUUGGUGCGUUGUGAUGAGCCUGCUAAGCCACCGAUAAUGAAACAGGUGCUGUGGUUUCAGAACCCUCAGAAGGAGAUCCAAGCCAUUGCUCUGGACCCAUCAGGUCGCCAGGCUGUGUGCGCGUGCAGAGACUCGUCAAUCUAUUUGGUCCCCAUCUAUGCGUUACUUCACCCCAGCACCGGUGCCAAGCAGAGCUGGAAGGCUGAUGAUCUGACCAGGAUCAUUGCACCAAAUAAACGAGGAAUCCCUGCCCAAGUUGUCUGGUGGAAUUCCUCCGACGGGAGGCGUAUUGUGAUUGUGGGCACACGGGAGGGGGAGAUCACCCUGAUCGAUGUGGCUGGCCGCAAAGUCGUCAGAGCGUUGAAUCUCAAGGAGGAAGUUGCCAUACUAGACGUCGUCAAUCAUCCCGGAGUAACGUACCUUCUGAUUCAGAGUGACCCAGGCAACCAGUGGGGUCUGUUACUAGAGAAACAAAAAGCCGAUGCAAACCGAAAGACUGCUGAAAUAGAGAUUGCCGUCCCAGGCUUUGAGGUCAUCCAUCCUCAUAACGUGCCGAAGCUGAACAUCCUCAAUGCACAGGAGAGUCAGAGUAUGUUCCUCCCCUACUGCUUCAAUAACUUCAUGGACGUAGUGACGCUGUCCACUCAGUCAGCCAUGGGCCAGAGCUUUGUGGCUGCCCAUGAUUAUGACUCCAAUAUCUACAAGAUCUUUGACAGCAGUAUUGAUAACUGGUUUCCAUUGCACGUCUACCGGCUCCCUCCACAGUGUUCUCAUGUUGUCCUGACAGACCGACUCAUGUUUGUCAUUUACAUUCGAGAUGGUGAUAUGGUGCUCGGAGUUCUGUCCAGCCAUCUCUCCGAGACGGGUAACCAGGACCAUCCGCCCAACCCGGCUGCUGUCAUGCAGACGUUCUUCCUUCCGUCCGACGAGCGAGUCGUUGCCGUCUACAAAUGUUCCUUCCCUGCCGGCUACGUGAGCGACAAGACAACCACACAGGCAGAUCGGGCACCUGCGAGCAGAUAUAGUCAGCAGGGUGUGAAACACCAGGCACAGACCCACACAAACAAGUCCACUACCAAACUGGAGCUGCCAAGCAGAAUAGAAACCCACACUGUCCUGGAGGGGUGUCUGCUGGUUACCGAUGUUGCAGUCUACCAGUGUAGACCAAGAAUAUCUCCCGAGGGACUGUUCCUGGAGCUGGCCAUGGAAGAGAUGGAUACCUCCCUCCCUGAAAAUCUUGGUAUCACCCUAGCACUGCCUAUGAAAGGGCUGUAUGGGCUGGCAGCCAAUCGGAAACUAGCUGAAGGAGAGACAGGGCUGGCCAGGAGACUGUACCAUCGUUCAGAGUGGCCGAUGCUGAAGCGGGUCGGCAACUUUGUGAGCCAGGGUUUCAUCCAGGAAGCCCUCGGUCUGGUGCUGUCAGCUCUGGGUGAACCCCGUGACCUCAGUGGGGCCGACAAGCGACAGCUAGCCGACAUCGCCAUCAGGUGCUUCCUGUAUCAGAUGCUGGAGGGACGAAGUGACGAGGCACUGAUCAGCAGGUUCAGGCAGUUUUUGAUGGACAACUUUGACUAUAAUGAAAUCUCCGCCCUAGAGACGUUUGCCCAGUACGGCAUGCAAGAUCUUAUCUUUGAAGUUGCCAGGUCUAGAGGCCUGGUAGGCCAGGCCCUAGAAGCCCUGCUGACCCACGGCUCACCGGAGCUGGACUGUGAGCAGCAGUGCCUUCUGGUAUCCCAGGGUUUCAUCUCUACCAUGGCCAGCUCUGGGGACAAUGCCUUCCUGGUCAGCAUGACCACGCAGGAGGCCGUCAACAGGCUGGUGGAGAAGCCCGAGCUGUGCUAUCGGUACAUGGAACUCUUCAGCAGAUUCCUUGGCGAUUUGAAGCUGGCUACCUUGAUGAAGCUAGCCUGGUUGUUUGAUCCGUCCAAACCCACCAUCAGACCUCUACUCACUAGAGCAGUCACAACGGCUAAGGCAAAAAUCCAGACGAGUUCAUCUUCUGCCUCACUUGAGACAAUGAGCAGUGACUGUGAAGGCUCAUUGGAGUCUGCUCUGGACACCACCCAGUCCUUUCCCAAGCCCAGUGCUCUGGUAGAAUUCUUCCUCAGAGUUCUCAUUGUACUGAACAGGAAGAGAAUAGACCAAGGUAAUUCUUCUAGCUUGCUGAACUUUGACCCCAGUGCGGACAGCAGCAGUCCCUCCAGUGACCGGGUCCAGCAAGCGGUCAGUCUACCUCCUCAGAGAAACAUCCUUUCGUGCGGUCAGUUCCACGUUGCCGUGGUUUCCGGUGAUGAUGUCUAUACAUGGGGGAAAGCCCACGGUGGAAGGUUAGGUCAUGGUGACAUCAUUCCGGCUGAUGGUAGGUCAGCACCGUUCCGUGUCGAGACACUCCACAUGCACCAGAUCCGCAUCAUCUCCGUAGCCUGCGGGAAGGAGCACACCAUGGCCCUGGGGGAUCAGGGAAGGUUGUAUUCCUGGGGUACCUCCAAAUGUGGUCAGCUUGGCCUGGGCGAUCAGACCACUCGCACCAGGCCGUCCUUGGUCCAAGCCCUGACCGGUCAAUGCUGUGUGGCUAUUGCGUGUGGUCAGUACCACUCCUUGGCUCUCACUAAGGACCAAAAAGUAUACAGCUGGGGUUGGGGGGUUCAUGGUCAGCUUGGCCACAGUUCAGUGGAAGACCAGCUCCAGCCCCGCCAUGUGACUGCUCUAGAUUCCGUCCGCGUGACCCAAAUAGCCGGGGGCUACUGUCACAGCAUCGUGCUGUCCGCCAACGGUCAGGUGUACGUCUGUGGGUCGGGGACCUUCGGCCAGCUGGGACUAGGGAAGGUGGUGAUGAAGAGAACCACACCCACGCUGCUGGACGGGUUCAGCAAGGAGCGGGUGGUCUUGGUGGCCGGCGGGUUGUUUCAUAAUAUUGCGGUGACAGCCAAUCCUCAGAGAGUCUACAUCUGGGGGAAGAGUCCCCUGGAGUUGCGUCAGUCCCUCCAGUCGACCAGGAAACGGAAGACAUCUCGUGAUGUCAGCAGUGAUACAGUCAUUGUUGGACGUCGGCGAUCGGUGACCGUCAUGGAGUCCAGGCCGGAAGAUGAGAAUCAGUAUCUAAGACCGUAUGCCUUUGACUGCGGCAAGAUAUGCGCACCAAUUAAAGAGAUUGCUUGCUCCAUGAAUCACAACCUGAUCCUGACCUGCGGAGGUCAACUGUUCAGCUUUGGCAAGAACGACAGUGGGCAACUUGGCCUGGGCCACAGGACUGAACAGAGAAUUCCAGUCCUAUUGCGUGUGUGUGAUGAGCACUGUAUAGCGGCCAUCGGUGCUGGGACCGAGUUCUCUGUAGCCAUCACAGCGCAGGGCCAGGUCUUCUCAUGGGGGUCACCCGAGAACGGACAGCUUGGCAUCGAUGCCAGUCAUCGCAACAAUCCCCAGCUCCGUCAACCGAGACUCAGCAAGAGUGCGCCCAUGACCCGCCUGGUCGUUACCCCCAUGCUUGUGCCCGGCAUUCCACGGGUAGCCCUUUCGUCUGCCGUUGGAAUGACUGAGGAGGAGGAAAGUGAUGAGGAGGACAUGGAGAGUUCUGAUGAGGAGGAGCUGGAGGAGGUGUCAGGCUGGGACCUGCCCAGUCUAGGCGGGGCUGACCCCGCCCAGCCCCCUUACGGCCUCCAGUCCCUGAGCCUGGCCCUGACCUCGCUGGAGGGCCGCUACGACCGCCGGACGGUCCUGCAGCUCUGCCAAGACUGGCGGCUUUGGCAGGCGGCAGCCGAGGUCUGCGAGCUGGACCGCAACUACCCGCUGGCGCUACUGUACCAGCUGAAGGAGAGGGAAGGGAUGGGAGUGGAACUCAGGGGAUCACAGGGGGAGGAAGAAGGACUGAGGGAAGUGACAGCAUUGGUGGAUAAGUUCAUCAGACUGACAUUUGAUAAGUCAACAGAUGUUACUCUGAGUGACGAGGACAUCAAGGAGUCCUGUAAGCUGCUUCUCAUCCAGGUUCUACAGUUCUGGGCGGAGCAAGAGCUACCUCAGGAGGUGUUGGAGAGUUUAUUGAGGAAGCACAUGGAUAACGUAGCCUACCCUCUCAGCGUCUUACUACUCUGUGACAGCCUAGAAUCUUCACCCUCAGCCGGUAUGAGUGGCUCCUGCCUAGUCCCACCAAACCUCAUCCAGAGAUUCACCUCCAAGUUCUGUUUAGAGGUGACGUCAGCCGUGGUGCAGCAUGUCAGCCAGGGGAAGCCAAGCGAGGACUUCCGACCGGCUGGCGGUGCAGUUGAUGAGACAAAGGCAAGGAACAGCACCUUAACCACGCUAACGGCCGUUUCUUCCAAGGGAGGCGUGUACCGCCCACCGGGAGGGACUGGAAGAGUGGCUGUGGAGAGACUGUGGGAGGAGGUCCUCCACAACCUGGGCAAGGAUGCCCAAGCGAGGGCGCAUGUCAGCAUCAGCAAGAGCGAAGCUGCAGGCCUGGUUGAUUCGAGCCCCGCCAGAGAAGGGCCAGAGAACUCCGCUGCAAAAUCGGACUGUGUGGUCUUCACCUGCGGACACCACUACAGGAAGGGGAACUUGCAGGAGAGCGCCACUGCACUAUGGAUCAGCAAGAUGGCCACUUUACCAGUACCAUUGCCUAGCAACACACAGUCCCUUGGCAACCUAUAUGCCAAGGGAGACGGGUUCUUACCCAUGGCUUGUCCAGACUGUGUGCACAGCUCCUUAAAGCUACAACAGCAGAUUGCAUCAGACGGCACGUCAACGUGAGUAUGUCUUCAACUCCUGAAAGAAAAACAGAAACCAAAUCUCUUUCCUCGAAACAAAAACCAAAGAGGUAUUAAAAGACGAAAAGCUAACAAGUUCUAUAUCUAAACUAAAAUGAAGUGCUUGGAUCAGACAAAUAUUUGUAUGCGAUGUCUAGAUGAAUUAGUUGUACAGAUCUGAAAAAAUGUUACCAUCAUUUUGAGGAUGUAUAUUACACUUUGUGGUCCACCGUUUUGAGUAUCCCUCUGUGCUCAAAUUUGUGGAUGAGGCUUUCCAGCAAAAGGGGGGCAUAGAGAUGGGGGCAGGGAUUAGAGAAUUGGGAGGGGGCAGGGAUACUUUGCAACAACUGGACUGGCCUGUCAGGUUAUUAUGCACAAUGUUAAUCUUGCCAUUUUGAUUGUACGCAAGUCACUCGCAGUGUAACCUCGAGAUAUCAAAUGUUUAGAUAAACCCUGAAGUCCCUUUCAACAGCACCUCAUGAUGAGGCACGUCUGUGGCACAUACACACGCAGGCCAGUAUGCAUAGAACUAGAUCAUGAUUAUAAAGCAAUAUGCGUUUUUGCCAUUGAAACCCAUCGCCACAGAAUUUUAGACUGGAUCUUCAUAGCCAUUUCCAGUACAGUACCCUUAGUAUUGGUCUGCUAGGCCAGCGACCAAAUUCUCUAACAAAUCCUUGCUCAAUACCUUCGGGUGUAUAUCGUGAUACAUGUAUUUAAACUGAAAUAUGUUGUAAAUGUUGAAAUAUAGGCAUACCUUAAAAAGUCAGUGUCAUAAAAAAUUCCCACUUGAAUUUUUACAGCUAAAAGGAAAAUGUAAAUAGCCGUUGACUCCAGUUCACUCCAUAAGGUGACUAAACACUGUAAAACAACUUGAAUGCCAUGAUGUACAUGUAAUAACUGAUUUCAUUGGAUGCAGUUUCCACUAUCUCAUUAAUGUGGGAGGGAGGUUACAGGUGGAAUAUCAACUAGUAGGAUUAAUAUUGUCAUCUACACACGUCACAUAAAUUUGGGCUCAUUAUUACCAUUAACCACUUGCUGCCGGGGGACCCGUUUUCCAGCACGUAGGCUUUAUACAUGGAGCCGGGGAACCCGAAAUGUAACAAAGGGAACUGGGCCUUGUAACAAAAGACUGUACUCGGAACAAAAGACCAGGCUGCUGGGCAUUACCGACAUUU